AUAUGGAGGACAAUUUCCUGCAUUUAUAAAUGAGAUCUAAUUUAUUCUUUCUUAAGAAUUUGGGCCACUGAACGAGGCCCAAACACUUGGGAUUGGAACCAUAUAUCCAUCUGAUACCCUUACCCGAUUCCUUCUGUAGCGGGUAAAAAUAAUCACCGAUCAGCCGGCGGAAAACUUCUGGUGGCGCCGGUCGGCAAUGGAGCCCUCCGUUAAGCGCCGGAAAAGAAAAUACCGUCAGCGAAGAAGAAGCGCCAGGAGAGAACAUAUCGACGAUCAGAGAAGAAGCCCUUGGCAGCUCCGGAGGAGUUGGAUGAUGUGUUUCCUCAGGAAGAAGAGGAAACCAAUGUAUGCUGCAAGAUGGAUUUUUAUCGAUCGCUUAAGAAGAGAAAAGAGAGAGAAAAAUGGGCAGUGUGGAAAAUCAGAAGCCAGUGAUUGUCAUGUUAAUGCUGCAGUUUCUGUAUUCAGCAGUCACUCUGUUCACCAGAGCCACUUUCGUACAUGGGAUGAGUCCUCGAGUUUUUGUGGUGUAUCGACAAGGAUUGGCCUUCUUGCUUAUUGCUCCUAUAGCAUUUUUAAGGAAAGGCACAAGUGGAUGUUCUUUGGGGUUGAAGAACUUCGGUUUGAUAUUUUUGAUCUCUUUAAUUGGAAUAACAAUCAACCAGAACAUCUACUUUGAGGGUCUAUACUUGUCCUCAUCUUCCAUAGCUAGUGCAAUGGGGAAUAUCCUUCCUGCAAUCACUUUCCUAAUGGCCUACAGUUUAGGGUUAGAGAGAGUAAACUUCAAAAGCGUUAGAAGUAUUGCGAAAAUAUUCGGAACAAUCGUAUGUGUAACGGGAGCCAUAAGCAUGGUGUUGCUGAAAGGGCCGAAGCUACUAAACAUGGAAUUCAAUCCAAGGCACAUGUUGUUCAGCAAGGGAGGUGAGACUUGGUUGCUUGGUUGUUUCCUCAUCUUCACCAGCAAUUUUUGCUGGUCACUUUGGCUGAUUUUACAGGUUCCGGUGUCCAAGAGCUACCCAGAUCAUAUAUGUUUGACAGCUUGGAUGUGCUUGUUUGGGUCAAUGCAAUCUGGAGUUGUGUCUUUCUUCUUAGAGAAAGAUUUAGACGCUUGGAAGAUUAACUCUCCUCUUCAACUUGGUUGUCUACUCUUCACUGCUGCAGCGGGAGCAACUUCAUUCUUUGCUCAAGCAUGGUGCAUUGAAAGACGAGGUCCACUCUUCUCUGCCAUGUUCAACCCACUCAACACUGUCAUUGUCACCUUCUUAGCCACCACCUUUGUUCACGAAGAGAUGUACUUGGGCAGCUUGAUAGGUGCAAUAGCUGUAAUAUUUGGACUCUAUGUUGUCCUUUGGGGAAAAGCUCAAGAUCAAGUCGAGAUUGACGCAGAGAAGAAGCCGGAGGAGGCCAAAAAAUGCAAUUCGGCCAGCUGCAUCGACGAAUCCGUGGAGAAAACAAGCUACGCGAUCGAUUUGGAGGAGCCCCUCUUGUCCAACAAAGAGUAGCACAAGAUAUUAGAGGUUACUGGAAGUCAACAUUUUGAGUUUCCUUAGGAUUGAAAGAGAUAUAGGGAGAGAAGCAUAUUACACUUGUGAUCCAUUAGGUUGGGUUUACGACACUUUUGAUCCUUCGGAGUUUUUGGAGUAGCACUUUUUGUACCGUAUGUUUACAUCACACUCUCUGGUCCAUUAAUUAUGUUGGAAUAAUCAUUUUAGUCCCUCGUGUUUACACUUAUGAAGCUUUUGGUCAUUUUUAUGACCAAUUUUUCGUCAAGUAAACUAUUGUUCACGACACAAGUCAAAGCUCAUUUUAGAUCUCUACCUUUUGUCAGUAAAUUGCAAAUUGUGCAAAUGAUUACUGCGAAAUUGUCAUAUUGGUACGAUCAAAAGAGCUUCAUUUUCUC